AUGAAGCUAUUUGAUGUAACAAAUGAUUUGGUCAGGUCUUUCCGAAGAAUUCGAACUCAGUUGUCAGAUUCUGCUUCUGCAAAUCUCCGCUUGCGAAUUGUGGGUGCAAGAAACAUAGAUUCUCGCCAGUAUGAGCUCCCCACAGGAAAUGAACUAGCAGGUCUUAAAAGAAUAACGAGUCUUAACCCAAAGUUUGAUUCCUUACAUUUCCCUGUGCUCUUCCCAUAUGGUGAAGAUGGGUUCCAUGUUAACAUACCGUAUGAUGUCGUUCAUACUCCACCAACUCUUAAACGCAAAUUUGUUACUCAACGUGAAUACUAUGCUUUUCGACUGCAGCAUAGAGAUGAUGAAGGCCAGACUUUAAUGCGUGGUGGGAAAGCUCUACAACAUUAUGUAGUCGAUGCAUUUUCGACUAUUGAACAGGAUCGACUUUAUUAUUUACGAUCUCAUCAAGAGGAUCUUAGAUCUGAAUUGUACUAUGGGGAUGAUAUUGGUAAUGUUAUUUUGCCUUCGUCGUAUACCGGCAGCCCUAGGUAUAUGAAACAGUUGUAUUUAGAUGCAAUGGCUGUUGUUCAUCAUCAUGGCAGUCCGGAUCUUUUCAUCACCUUCGAGCUCAAACCCGAAAUUGUUGCCAGGGUUUUCCGUAUGAAGCUUAAUGCUUUAGAAGAUGAACUGAAUCGAUCACAUUUCUUUGGAAAAACUGUUGCGGCUGAGUUACCCGAUCCAGAACUUGAUCCCGUUGGUUAUGCAGCAGUUACAAAGUACAAGCUCCAUGGUCCCUGUGGUGACGAUAAACCAACUAAUGUGUGUAUGAAAGAUGGCAGAUGUUCAAAGUAUUUUCCAAAACUGUUCAAUUCAGAAACUACCACAGACCAGUUUAGUUAUACAGUGUACAGGCGUCGUGACUCAGGGAUUACAGCCUCUAAAGGCAGUGUGGAGCUUGACAACAGAUUCGUCGUUCCAUAUAAUAGGAAUCUUCUUGUGCUUUUUCAGGCACACAUCAACGUUGAGGUGUGUCAUCAAGGACGCCUUAUUAAGUACCUCUUCAAAUACAUAACAAAAGGGCCAGAUCGGAAGCAGAAGCUUUCUCAUAUACUGGCACGUGCAGCUGUUGUAGAGACGACUCUAACACAAUGGUUUGCUCUUAAUCAAACAGAUGAAGAUGCGAGGUGUUUGCUUUAUGCUCAGACUCCAAAUAAGUAUAUGUGGAACCUUAAGAAGAAAAUGUGGUCUAAACGGAAGAGAGGUUUCGCAGUAGGCAGGAUUGUUUAUAUUAAUCCUGGUUCCGGAGAUACUUUUUAUCUUAGGCAGCUUCUCACCAAGGUUCGUGGUGCAGUUAGCUUUGCUGAUUUGCGGACAAUUAAUGGUUUCCCAUGUCGAACGUACCAAGCUGCUUGCCAGCGUCUUGGUUUGCUUUCUAAUGACCAUGAAUGGUUGCUUGUUCUUAAAGAAGUCAAUCAAUGGGGUAUGUCUGGUCUCCUCAGGUAUCUCUUUGUGUCCAUGCUCAUGUUCUGUGAGCUUGCUGAUCCACUGACUCUCUUUAACCAAACAUGGGAGAUGCUUUCAGAAGACAUUACAUAUCGCUGUCAGCGCAAUGUAAACUUUAACAAUCAUCUUAUCCCCCCUAAUCUGCCAAAGAAUUCUUUGUUGUGUGAAUUGCAGCGUAUGUUGGCUGCUUAUUCCACAACGCUUUCGCAUUUCAAUCUCCCACUGCCUACAGUCCAAAUUCUACCUGACAUUGACCACAUGUAUUCUGACUUUCACAUGCAGCAUUCUGCUUCUUCAGAAUCUGCUUCUUCACUUCCCUGUUUGUCCAGCCUGAAUGAAAAGCAGACAGCUGCAUUCCAUUCGGUGAUUGACUCUGUAAUCUCACCUGUGCCAAAUGCUGGAAAUUUCUACUUUCUUUAUGGACAUGGAGGAACUGGGAAAACUUUCCUGUAUAAGACGAUUCUUGCACAUCUUAAGGAACUUGGCAAGAUUGUCCUUGUGGUGGCUUCUUCUGGUAUUGCUGCAACUCUCCUUCCAGAUGCAUCCACAGCACAUUCUCGAUUUAAGAUACCAUUGGAAAUUGAUCAGGCUUCUUCAUGCAACAUAAAGAAGGGUACGCCACUUGCUCAGCUAAUACUCGAUGCAGCUCUUAUUAUAUGGGAUGAAGCCCUGAUAGACCGAUAA